AUGGCCCAGGGCUUAGGAGGUAGGGAGGGGGGCGCUGGAGGCAUGGCCCAGGGCUCAGGAGGUAGGGAGGAGGGCGCUGGAGGCAUGGCCCAGGGCUCAGGAGGUAGGGAGGAGGGCGCUGGAGGCAUGGCCCAUGGCUCAGGAGGUAGGGAGGAGGGCGCUGGAGGCAUGGUCCAUGGCUCAGGAGGUAGGGAGGAGGGCGCUGGAGGCAUGGCCCAUGGCUCAGGAGGAGGUAGGGAGGGGGGCGCUGGAGAUGGGGAGGGGGGUCCUGUAGUGUGGAUUGUGAGGGGUGGACGGGGAUGA